CAAGAUAUACUGUACUCACUUCUGAUUUAGCUUACUGCUGUCUAGGACUCACACUGAGCUAUAGCAUACUCAGAGCUAUACGGCUAUAGGAACAACUAUACAGCUAUAAUAGAAGCAGCUAUACAGCAAACGCAUCCAUGAAGCUCGAAUCGAGAAAGUCCUCACUGAAAAGGACUGAGAGCCAGAAAGAGACCGUACCAAACAAAGAUCAGAAAGCCACUGUGGAAUGUGCGCAACAGCUGCGUAAAAUCGGAGACCUUUUCAACCUGAAAUACAUACUGGCGGAUAUGCUUGCUAAAAUCUCAACGGAUCCGAAAAUCAAGUGAAAUGGAUACAGUAGCUGCCUUUGAUAGUAAAGUGGAUCGAAAUUGGAUCAUCAUGCCUUAACAGGAAACGUGUUGCGGUCGUUACAAUGUGAAGAGUUCGUUAUAAUAACACAAAGCCAAUGUGGACCUCACACGCCCAUGCCCGGAGCUAGGCUACUCUCAGCCGGAGUAUCUUUAUGGACGCUCCUUCAACAGAGACUGCUUUCUACGCCCAGCGUCCCGGGACGCAGGUGGGUAUUUGUCCAUAGUCUAAGAGAUAUAUAUACCACCGCCCUAUUGGAAUAUUUAGGCCGGGAAAAUGAAGACGGGCCGGGAAGCCGAAACAGAACAUUUGGAGUAAAGAGAAGACAGGAUAGCAAACCAACAUGUAGCCUAAAAUAGAGACUAAAAGAGUAUCUAUCUGUUAUUAAACGUUUGAUUCUAAUCGUCAGGGUGUUUAUGCUGUCUUGUUUUACGUUUGUUUGGUGAUUUGGUAUUUGCUUAUUGUUUGAAAAUAAUUUUAUUCUGUCAAGUUUGUUUGGUGAUUUUGAUAUUUGCUUAUUGUUUGAAAAUCAUUUUAUGCUGUCUGUUUUAAGUUUGUUUGGUGAUAGAUUUUUACUUAUUUGUUUGAAAAUAAUAUCAAUAAAUGUUUUGAUUUCUUCUCUUGUCAUCAA